AUGGUCAUGGAAACCAGGGACAAGGCCAGAACCAAGGACAGGGUCAAAACCAAGGACAAGGCCAGAACCAAGGACAAGGUCAAAACCAGGGACAAGGACAGGGCCAGAACCAAGGACAAGGUCAAAACCAGGGACAAGGACAGGGCCAGAACCAAGGACAGGGACAGAACCAAGGACAAGGCCAGAACCAAGGACAAGGUCAAAACCAGGGACAAGGACAGGGACAAGGCCAGAACCAAGGACAGGGUCAAAACCAAGGACAAGGCCAGAACCAAGGACAAGGACAGGGCCAGAACCAAGGACAGGGCCAGAACCAAGGACAAGGUCAAAACCAGGGACAAGGACAGGGCCAGAACCAAGGACAGGGACAGAACCAAGGACAAGGCCAGAACCAAGGACAAGGCCAGGGUCAAAACCAGGGACAAGGCCAGAACCAGGGACAAGGUCAAAACCAAGGACAAGGCCAAAACCAGGGACAAGGACAGGGCCAGAACCAGGGUCAAGGCCAGGGUCAAAACCAGGGACAAGGCCAGGGUCAAAACCAGGGACAAGGCCAGAACCAAGGACAAGGUCAAAACCAGGAAGGAGGGCCAAAACCAAGGACAAGGACAAAACCAAGGACAAGGCCAAAACCAGGGACAAGGACAGGGCCAGAACCAGGGACAAGGCCAGAACCAAGGACAAGGCCAAAACCAGGGACAAGGUCAAAACCAGGGACAAGAACAGGGCCAGAACCAGGGACAAGGACAGGGUCAAAACCAGGGACAAAGACAGGGCCAGAACCAGGGUCAAGGCCAGGGUCAAAACCAGGGACAAGGCCAGGGUCAAAACCAGGGACAAGGACAGGGCCAGAACCAGGGACAAGGCCAGGGUCAAAACCAGGGACAAGGCCAGAACCAAGGACAAGGCCAGGGUCAAAACCAGGGACAAGGCCAGAACCAAGGACAAGGCCAGGGUCAAAACCAGGGACAAGGCCAGAACCAAGGACAAGGACAGGGUCAGAACCAGGGACAAGGUCAAAACCAGGGACAAGAACAGGGACAAGGCCAGAACCAAGGACAGGGUCAAAACCAAGGACAAGGCCAGAACCAAGGACAAGGACAGGGCCAGAACCAAGGACAGGGCCAGAACCAAGGACAAGGUCAAAACCAGGGACAAGGACAAGGCCAGAACCAAGGACAAGGCCAGGGUCAAAACCAGGGACAAGGCCAGAACCAGGGACAAGGUCAAAACCAAGGACAAGGCCAAAACCAGGGACAAGGACAGGGCCAGAACCAGGGUCAAGGCCAGGGUCAAAACCAGGGACAAGGCCAGGGUCAAAACCAGGGACAAGGCCAGAACCAAGGACAAGGUCAAAACCAGGGACAAGGACAGGGCCAAAACCAAGGACAAGGACAAAACCAAGGACAAGGCCAAAACCAGGGACAAGGACAGGGCCAGAACCAGGGACAAGGCCAGAACCAAGGACAAGGCCAAAACCAGGGACAAGGUCAAAACCAGGGACAAGAACAGGGCCAGAACCAGGGACAAGGACAGGGUCAAAACCAGGGACAAGGACAGGGCCAGAACCAGGGUCAAGGCCAGGGUCAAAACCAGGGACAAGGCCAGGAUCAAAACCAGGGACAAGGACAGGGCCAGAACCAGGGUCAAGGCCAGGGUCAAAACCAGGGACAAGGCCAGGAUCAAAACCAGGGACAAGGACAGGGCCAGAACCAGGGACAAGGCCAGGGUCAAAACCAGGGACAAGGCCAGAACCAAGGACAAGGCCAGGGUCAAAACCAGGGACAAGGCCAGAACCAAGGACAAGGCCAGGGUCAAAACCAGGGACAAGGCCAGAACCAAGGACAAGGACAGGGUCAGAACCAGGGACAAGGCCAGAACCAAGGACAAGGUCAAAACCAAGGACAAGGCCAAAACCAGGGACAAGGACAGGGCCAGAACCAGGGUCAAGGCCAGGGUCAAAACCAGGGACAAGGCCAGGGUCAAAACCAGGGACAAGGCCAGAACCAAGGACAAGGUCAAAACCAGGGACAAGGACAGGGCCAAAACCAAGGACAAGGACAAAACCAAGGACAAGGCCAAAACCAGGGACAAGGACAGGGCCAGAACCAGGGACAAGGCCAGAACCAAGGACAAGGCCAAAACCAGGGACAAGGCCAGAACCAAGGACAAGGUCAAAACCAGGGACAAGGCCAAAACCAGGGACAGGGCCAAAACCAGGGACAAGGACAAGGCCAAAACCAAGGACAGGGUCAAAACCAGGGACAAGGCCAGAACCAAGGACAAGGACAGGGCCAGAACCAAGGACAAGGACAGGGUCAAAACCAGGGACAAGGCCAGAACCAAGGACAAGGUCAAAACCAGGGACAAGGACAGGGACAGAACCAGGGACAAGGACAGGGCCAGAACCAAGGACAAGGUCAAAACCAGGGACAAGGACAGGGCCAGAACCAAGGACAAGGUCAAAACCAGGGACAAGGCCAGAACCAAGGACAAGGCCAAAACCAAGGACAAGGACAGGGCCAGAACCAAGAACAGGGCCAGAACCAGGGGCAAGGUCAAAACCAAGGACAAGGCCAAAACCAGGGACAAGGACAGGGCCAGAACCAGGGUCAAGGCCAGGGUCAAAACCAGGGACAAGGCCAGGGUCAAAACCAGGGACAAGGCCAGAACCAAGGACAAGGUCAAAACCAGGGACAAGGACAGGGCCAAAACCAAGGACAAGGACAAAACCAAGGACAAGGCCAAAACCAGGGACAAGGACAGGGCCAGAACCAGGGACAAGGCCAGAACCAAGGACAAGGCCAAAACCAGGGACAAGGUCAAAACCAGGGACAAGAACAGGGCCAGAACCAGGGACAAGGACAGGGUCAAAACCAGGGACAAGGACAGGGCCAGAACCAGGGUCAAGGCCAGGGUCAAAACCAGGGACAAGGCCAGGAUCAAAACCAGGGACAAGGACAGGGCCAGAACCAGGGUCAAGGCCAGGGUCAAAACCAGGGACAAGGCCAGGAUCAAAACCAGGGACAAGGACAGGGCCAGAACCAGGGACAAGGCCAGGGUCAAAACCAGGGACAAGGCCAGAACCAAGGACAAGGCCAGGGUCAAAACCAGGGACAAGGCCAGAACCAAGGACAAGGCCAGGGUCAAAACCAGGGACAAGGCCAGAACCAAGGACAAGGACAGGGUCAGAACCAGGGACAAGGCCAGAACCAAGGACAAGGUCAAAACCAAGGACAAGGCCAAAACCAGGGACAAGGACAGGGCCAGAACCAGGGUCAAGGCCAGGGUCAAAACCAGGGACAAGGCCAGGGUCAAAACCAGGGACAAGGCCAGAACCAAGGACAAGGUCAAAACCAGGGACAAGGACAGGGCCAAAACCAAGGACAAGGACAAAACCAAGGACAAGGCCAAAACCAGGGACAAGGACAGGGCCAGAACCAGGGACAAGGCCAGAACCAAGGACAAGGCCAAAACCAGGGACAAGGCCAGAACCAAGGACAAGGUCAAAACCAGGGACAAGGCCAAAACCAGGGACAGGGCCAAAACCAGGGACAAGGACAAGGCCAAAACCAAGGACAGGGUCAAAACCAGGGACAAGGCCAGAACCAAGGACAAGGACAGGGCCAGAACCAAGGACAAGGACAGGGUCAAAACCAGGGACAAGGCCAGAACCAAGGACAAGGUCAAAACCAGGGACAAGGACAGGGACAGAACCAGGGACAAGGACAGGGCCAGAACCAAGGACAAGGUCAAAACCAGGGACAAGGACAGGGCCAGAACCAAGGACAAGGUCAAAACCAGGGACAAGGCCAGAACCAAGGACAAGGCCAAAACCAAGGACAAGGACAGGGCCAGAACCAAGGACAGGGCCAGAACCAAGGACAAGGUCAAAACCAGGGACAAGGCCAGGGCCAAAACCAAGGACAAGGCCAAAACCAAGGACAAGGCCAAAACCAGGGACAAGGACAGGGUCAGAACCAGGGACAAGGCCAGAACCAAGGACAAGGUCAAAACCAGGGACAAGGACAGGGACAGAACCAGGGACAAGACCAGAACCAAGGACAAGGCCAAAACCAAGGACAGGGCCAGAACCAAGGACAAGGCCAAAACCAAGGACAAGGACAGGGCCAGAACCAAGGACAGGGCCAGAACCAAGGACAGGGCCAGAACCAAGGACAAGGUCAAAACCAGGGACAAGGCCAGGGCCAAAACCAAGGACAAGGCCAAAACCAAGGACAAGGCCAAAACCAGGGACAAGGACAGGGUCAAAACCAGGGACAAGGCCAAAACCAAGGACAAGGCCAAAACCAGGGACAAGGACAGGGCCAGAACCAAGGACAGGGACAGAACCAAGGACAAGGCCAGAACCAAGGACAAGGUCAAAAUCAGGGACAAGGACAGGGCCAAAACCAAGGACAAGGCCAAAACCAAGGACAAGGCCAAAACCAGGGACAAGGACAGGGACAGAACCAAGGACAAGGUCAAAACCAGGGACAAGGACAGGGCCAGAACCAAGGACAAGGUCAAAACCAGGGACAAGGACAGGGCCAGAACCAAGGACAAGGCCAGAACCAAGGACAAGGUCAAGGACAGGGUCAAAACCAAGGACAAGGACAGGGCCAGAACCAAGGACAAGGUCAAAACCAGGGACAAGGUCAGGGUCAGAACCAGGGACAAGGCCAGGGUCAGAACCAAGGACAGGGCCAGAACCAAGGACAAGGCCAGAACCAAGGACAAGGCCAAAACCAGGGACAAGGACAGGGUCAAAACCAGGGACAAGGACAAGGCCAGAACCAAGGACAAGGCCAGGGUCAAAACCAGGGACAAGGCCAGGGUCAGAACCAAGGACAAGGUCAAAACCAGGGACAAGGACAGGGCCAGAACCAAGGACAAGGUCAAAACCAGGGACAAGGACAGGGCCAGAACCAAGGACAAGGCCAGAACCAAGGACAAGGUCAAGGACAGGGUCAAAACCAAGGACAAGGACAGGGCCAGAACCAAGGACAAGGACAGGGUCAAAACCAGGGACAAGGUCAGGGUCAGAACCAGGGACAAGGCCAGGGUCAGAACCAAGGACAGGGACAGAACCAAGGACAAGGCCAGAACCAAGGACAAGGCCAAAACCAGGGACAAGGACAGGGUCAAAACCAGGGACAAGGACAAGGCCAGAACCAAGGACAAGGACAGGGUCAAAACCAGGGACAAGGCCAGGGUCAGAACCAAGGACAAGGCCAGAACCAAGGACAAGGUCAAAACCAGGGACAAGGACAGGGCCAGAACCAAGGACAAGGUCAAAAUCAGGGACAAGGACAGGGCCAAAACCAAGGACAAGGCCAAAACCAAGGACAAGGCCAAAACCAGGGACAAGGACAGGGACAGAACCAAGGACAAGGACAGGGUCAAAACCAGGGACAAGGUCAGAACCAGGGACAAGGCCAGGGUCAAACCAAGACAGGGUCAGAACCAAGGACAAGGACAGGGCCAGAACCAAGGACAGGGCCAGAACCAAGGACAGGGCCAGAACCAAACAGGCCGAACCAAGGACAAGGCCAAAACCAGGGACAAGGCCAGGGCCAAGGACAAGGACAGGGUCAAAACCAGGGACAAGGCCAAAACCAAGGACAAGGCCAGAACCAAGGUCAAAGCCAGAACCAGGGGCAAAACCAAGGACAAGGCAACGGGUAUGUCAAUAAUGGUGACAACUCUGGUCAAUGUUUUGUCGCCGUACCUUACUACAAUUCAUUCCCGUUCGAUGGCUACCAAGGAACCGUCACUUGGACUUUUGUACCAGAAUCCGAUUUCGGUUACCCGAGGAACUACAGAAACGCCGAUCGCGUUUACUAA